AUGUCUUCAGCAAGAGAAGCCGCCAAGGAAUAUAAAUACAUCCAGGUAAAGUACAUUUUGCAGAGUGAUGACGUACCCAAGAAGGCUAAUAAGCCAGAUGGACCGAAGAGGGUACGGUUCAAAACCGAGCUAAAGGAGCCAAAGAAGGAGUUAAUGUUCGUGUCGGCUAUUGGAUUUACGCCAUAUCUUCGACUUCAUGAAGGAUUUACGUGUUUGGAUUUCAGUGACGAGCUUUUGGAUUUGCCUCCUGUCCGGCCAUGUGAUCGUACUGUCAAGACGGAGCCAGAUGAACCUACUCCUCCAGUUCAUCUGAACUCUCAACCGUCCAAGAGAAAGGCAGGAUCGGGUGGAGGCCCUCAUAUCGAUUCUAAAAGAAAACGGUCUCCUCCCAAAUCACAUGAUGAAGACCUGAGAUCUCUUGCCGCUCAUGCUACGUUAACCCUCGAUGAAUUAGUGAACAACAACAAAACACAGAUAAAUCUUUUAACUAUAUUGGCGGAGGAUUAUCAACAACACGCAGCUUCCAUAGUUGACACUAUAGAGAAACAGAUUUAUACAGUGCCAAAAGCUCAAAAGUUACCGAUAAUGUAUGUUGCUGAUUCGAUAAUGAAGAAUAUACCAAAUAGUGAUUAUAAGGAAUUGUUUGCGAAAAUAGUAGUGCGGAUCUUCGUCCAUGUCUUUUUAGAGGGCGAUGAAGUGGUUCGAGCCGCCAUGUACCGCCUUCGGCAAACAUGGGGUGACAUUUUCAAUCGAUCGAAGCUUUAUCAACUGGACAUCAAAGUGAACGAAAUCGAUCGAGCCUGGCCGCUCACUGCUUUGAAGCAGCCUGCAAAACCCCCUGUCAUUACGAAUCCAGCACCAACACCGCCAGCUCCUGCUGCACCGUCUAUCAAACCAGUUCAUGGCAAAGUACACAUCAAUCCCAAGUUUAUUCAGAACAACGGACAGAAUGCUGCGAGUGAUGACGUACCCAAGAAGGCUAAUAAGCCAGAUGGACCGAAGAGGGUACGGUUCAAAACCGAGCUAAAGGAGCCAAAGAAGGAGUUAAUGUUCGUGUCGGCUAUUGGAUUUACGCCAUAUCUUCGACUUCGUGAAGGAUUUACGUGUUUGGAUUUCAGUGACGAGCUUUUGGAUUUGCCUCCUGUCCGGCCAUGUGAUCGUACUGUCAAGACGGAGCCAGAUGAACCUACUCCUCCAGUUCAUCUGAACUCUCAACCGUCCAAGAGAAAGGCAGGAUCGGGUGGAGGCCCUCAUAUCGAUUCUAAAAGAAAACGGUCUCCUCCCAAAUCACAUGAUGAAGACCUGAGAUCUCUUGCCGCUCAUGCUACCAAGGAUACGGUCGUGAAGCCUACUCCUAUUGUGGGCUCACACGCAUUCACCGCUCAAGCCAAGUCUUCAAUAGGGCGAGCUCACCAACAGCUCCCUCUGCCGGGACGAUCAUCGCCUAUAUUGCCAUCUAGCGGGCAUACGAUCCCUGCUACGUGUUCUUCACAACUUCAGACUGCCGGACCAAGCCUUCCCAUGCCUCCAAACUUUCAUGUUACUCCCUCAAUACCAGCUCCUGGAGGUCUUCCAAUGCCUCCAAAUUACCAUCCUCCUGUUGCACCGUCAACAUCAACCCUGCCCAUGCCACCGAAUUACCUCGCAGCGGCGCCCACGGUACCCGGUCCUGGUGGACUUCCCAUGCCACCAAAUUAUGUGCCUGCUGGAAACUCUUUGCAACAAGCAGCACCGAUUCGAGGGCCUAAUGGGUUCCCAAUGCCACCAGGAUAUCGUCCUGCAGCACCGACUGCUGCUGUUCUCACUCCUCCAACGCAAGCGCCUUCAGGGUCGAAUGCGAUUAUAACUGCGGAAGCUCCCGUAAAACUGGACAUUCCGUCAAACAAUCGCAUUUUCGUUGACGGGAAAGCACACGAAGUCGAGUACGUAAAUGACAUAGCAGUUAUAGAGCGCAACGGCCUCCCUCACAAGAUUUUCUUCGCUGGAACUCCGCGUAAUGUAAUAAUAGAUGGUGUGCCGCAUUUGCUACACUUCGGUGAAUCGAAGGCUGUGAUCAUUGAUGGACAAGAACACAUCCUUCGGUUUGGAGCACCAAGCCGAGAGCUCUAUCUGAACAAUUUCUCUUUCAAAGGGCAAUUUGGAGGUGCACCAAUAGUGGCAACGAUAAACGGUCGUCGACAUGAAAUCCGACUAGCAGGACCUGCUCCUGAUGUCAAGAUCAACCCAGAUCCAGCCUAUGAAUUGACAGCAGAGUUGAAUCGGAUACGUGCUAACAAGAGUGAAAACAAGCCAGAGCCAUCUUUGGAUCCUUUCAAUCUACUGAAGAAGCUCCAACAGAGCGGCUUUUUGAAAAAACCAGAGCCUGCUCCCGCUCCGGCUCCGAGUCCCUCUACGCGAGAUAGGCUUCGGCAUACUGCUACAAUGUUGCGCGACACAACCCCACCGAUUCCCAGUGAGCACAGUAUCAGUGUAGUGGAACGACGAUCAGUUCCUUCAGCUCCAUUGAAAGAGUUCAAUAUGCGAACGCUGAAAAUACGCUACGAAAGUGUGGUCGAUGCUCUUCACGAGAAGCAGCAGAAUGCAUGCCCGCACUGUGGUCAACGAAUGGAGCUACGCGGAGAGCGCUAUGAACGGCAUCUUGAUUGGCACGUGAAAAGGAACCUGAAAACGUUCGAGAAGACAAGCUCAAGUCGGCCGUGGUAUGCUAGCAGUAAGGAUUGGCUGAAAAGUGAGGAAGAAGAGGAAACGGGCAUCACUGUAACAAGCGGCAGUGCUGAAACUAUGGAGGAAUCCGUCCCUAUUAUAGCGGUGUCUGCUCGGGAGGCCGUUAAUAAGAGUUGCGCUGUGUGUUGUGAAGAGUUCGAAGAAUAUUGUGACGAAGAUGAUGACGGUGUAUGGAAACUCAAAGAUUGUGUUAUAGUAAAUAAUCAGGCAUAUCAUACCGCUUGCGUUCAAGAUGCGUCAGUUUUAGAAGACGUGCCACAGCAAGAAGCAAUGGAUACAUGUGAUACUAAAAGUGUUGUACAGGAUAACAAGCUGUUAAAUCUGUUGAAAACCACUCAAUAG